AUGGAGCUAGAAACCGUUUGUCGGACUUGUUUGGGGAAAACAACCCUAAACCCUUUAUUUUCGAAUUCAACCGAUCGAUACUCAAAAGAUAUUUACUUAAUUUCUGGUGUUAAGAUUGAAUAUAACGACGGUUUCCCACAGAACCUGUGCUUGAACUGUGUGAGCUCCCUUAAUGAUGCUAUUAAAUUUAGAGAGCUAUGUAUAACCACAGAAAGUCACUUAUUAAAAUUUAAAAAUGGAAUACAUGACAAAGUUAUAGAAAGACAACUAGAAACUGAAUUUAAAGUUGAAACACUUCCAGAUGAACAUGUGGAGAUUAAACAAGAGAAUGAUGAAACAAAGGAUGAAGAUGACAAACCUUUAAAGUCUAUGAUAGAAAUGGUAAACUCAUUUGAUGACUUUAAGCUUGAUAUCUCUGAAAAUACAAUUAAGACACACUCUGAAACGUCAAUAAAAUGUGAAAGUAAUGGUGACUUAAUCUCAGAUGUUUCAAAUGUUCUUAAUGAAAAAACUGUUCAUUCCCAAGAUAGCACAAAAGAAUUAAAAAACGAAAACACUCAAAAUCAUAUUGAAAAAGGUAAUACAGAAACAAGACAUAAUACUGAACCACAAUUAAGACAGAAACGAGUGACAUGCAAGAUAUGUCAGAAAAAUCUAUCGAUAAGGAGCAUAGCUGUGCAUAUGAACAAGUGUCACCCAGGAACUGACGAGAGGAAGGUCAAGUGUGAGCUGUGUGAUAAAUUUGUAUUGAGAGACAGAUUACGAAUACAUCAGUUGAAGAUGCACGGCCCAGAUUUAAAAAUAUGUGCGCACUGUAAACUACAAUUCGACAGCAAGCAAACACUGCUGAAACAUGUCUCAACAUGUUCUGCUAAGAAGAAAAGGAAAAAAUAUGAAUCGGGUAGGAAGUUGACAGAGUGCGACGUGUGUCACAAGGAGAUGCAGAGGGGGAGUUUGCGUUUGCAUAAGGCGGUCAAACACGCCGGCCUUGGACCAGUUUGUGAGCACUGCGGACGUCGCUUCGGCAACAAGUUGCGUCUGCUGGAGCACUGCCGCGCGCGCCACGGACACGACAAGUUCCAGUGCGGCUCCUGCCACUUCCAGAGCGCCAGCCUGCUCGCCAUGACGAACCACGAGAGACGUCACCGCGGCGAGAAGCCGUUUGUGUGCGAGCGGUGCGGAGCGAACUUCCAUGCAGCCUACCUACUCGCACAGCACAAGCACUCGCACCGCACAGAGAGACCAUACACGUGUUCGCAGUGCCCGGCGCGGUUCAAGGCCAACAACUCUCUGCACAUGCACCGCAUCAAUGUACACGGCGGCCAGAGGGGCAAGCGGGGCAAAGGGAGCAAGAAGGGCGCGGGGGAUACUCGGGGCACAGGGGACACGGGAGACACUAGGAUCACAGAGGACACUCGAGACGUGGGUGAUGCUCGGGGGAUAACACAGGAGACACGAUAG